UUUUUACACACUCAAACCGAGCAUAUAAUACACACAGACAAAGAUGGUGUGUCAAUCUGAAGAGGACUACAGAGGUUACGACGGAGAGCUGGGUCUGUGUGUUUGCAGAGAGCCUCCUGGAAGAGCUGCAUGUGGGGGCCUAUGCAGGCGAAGGCCGGAUACUGAGUUGAAGCUCCAGUGCCAGCCCAAUGGAGAAAUGGAGCUGCUGUUGAGACAUGACAGCCAAGUGUUAGGCAUCUCAGGCAGCAUGUUAGAGACGAUUUUUAAACAGUGGGACUCUCAGGGGACUCUUUUGUGCAACAGCCACCUCAACUCCUUCCAUCCUGUCCACAUUGUUCAGACAACAGAGGCAGGCUUUCUUGGCCUCCUCAGCGGGCUCCCAAAGGAACUUCAGCAACUGUUUCCUUUCACCACACAGCGGGACACUCAGAGCUCAGCUGAAAGAGAUUCUGACGUUUUGUGGGAGGUCACCAAUAUUGAAACUAUAAGUCAUGGAGUUGGAGAAAUGAACAGCAGGAAGGUAAACCAGAGUGAUGUCAAGGAACAAGUGAGAGAAGCAAGUGUAACUGGAGUUCUGAACCCCACAACGUGUCUCCAUUUGGGUGAUGUUAUACUGUUCACUGUCGACACACGUCACUAUCCUCAGUAUGAUGUUGACAACUUGUACAACACAAACAGUGACUUUGACUGGGGUGCAUUCAGACAGCUAAAAGAAGAGCUGAGUCUGUCUUGGACUCCUCCCAGCUUCUUCUCGGUGGUCUUUAGCCAGCCUGGAGUAUAUGUUUUUACACUGAGCAACCAUCAGCACAAACACUUGUAUGUGCGGGUGAUACCUGCAGGCGGCCAGUGUUAUGAGCCUGGCCCCUUCUUCCCUACCAACCCUCGUCAUAUGAGUAGGGUGGGAAUCAGUAGGAGACGCAACUUGCUACUGAGGCCAGAUUGGCUGGUGACCGGAGGACUGCUAUUUGGAGCUGUGGUCAUCCUCUGUUUAUGUGUUACACUGCUGAUCCUGUUCCGUGAAUAUGGAUGGCCCGAGAAGGAGCCAAUCAGAGCGCAGUAUCGCUUGUUGCAGUUGGCCUACCACAUGGACGACUACUCAUCAAAAGGUUCAAGGGUGAUCUCACUUAAAAAGAUUCACCGAAACCAACAAGCUAGAAUGAGACAAGACUCCAAUCUACCAGUCUGUGCAGACGCCUUGGAGGAUUUCUGGGAUUAUGAACACCAGGUGGAUCUGGAGGCAUUCAGCAGCAACACCUUCUACAGUCUCCUGCUCAAACAGAGUCUAUCUGUCACCACACGGCUGGGACUGCUCACCACAGAAGUAAAGGAGCUAUACCAGGGAAUUCUUGGGAAACUGCAGCUACUUCACCCACGCUUGAUCACUGAGGAGAGGAUGGGGGAGGGUUAUGAGAGGAUGAGGAGGGAGGUGGAGAGGGAGGUGGUGCGACGAAAGACUCUGGCCUCACAGAUGAGGACUCUGCUCGACAAUCAGCUGCAGGUUCUGAGGCGAGAGCAGCAGGCCCAGCAGAGGGUCUACAGCAGGUUCUCAGCUCAGCUCAGAGAGUGCACCAGGCUACUGUCCAAGUGUUAUAGCAACAAACAUCCAUCCACACCAUCCUGCGUACUACACCCGCAAAGGCUAACAUCCCUGGUGGAUGAGAUGGGAGAGCUGGUGUCAGCAGAGUGCCAGCGUCAGGGGGCCUGGGGUUUGUUGGGUGAGGGUACAGGGGCCUUGCUGCUCUGCCCUGAUACUGGAACUGUGCUGACCAAGGACCACAUCUUUGGUCCUGAUGGGUCCCUGCGUGUCUGCCAGGCACUUCAUUAUGAUUCAGUCACAGGCCUCAUAAGGCCAAAUGCUCACAGCCAUAUGCUGCUGAGCAGCGGCCACAUGAUGGCAGUGCCGCCUGAUUUCUUCCUCCACCCACAGACUGGCAGGGUUAUGCCCAUAGCUGGCAACGUAGCUUAUGAUCCUGCAAGCUCUACUUUAGUUUUCACAACUGACUCAUCUACAGGAGACAACAGGAAGUGGGACAGUCCGCUCCUUCCAUUUAUUCCUUACCCAAUCUCCCGCCACUCAAAUCAGCCUUUGCCUAGCUCUCGGCUCAGAGGCCUCAGACCGGGCCAGAGGCUGCAGCUGGGUGUCCCUAUGGCAGACCCAGAAACAGGGGUCCCAGUGCCUAUUCUGGCUGUAACCAUCCACCCCCAGACAGGACUAGUCUACCCACUGGGAGGAGUGCAUGUCUGUCCUCUCACCCACUUGCCACAGCCCAUACAGACUGGCUAUCCAAUGCUGGACUCCAGGACUGGGAGUGUUGUGCUCACUGUUGGAGUCAGUCUAGAUCCAGUAACAGGAGGAGUGCUUCCUGUAGGUGGAGUUCUACUGGCCGAGUCCUUCACCGAACCCCUGAGUGGGCGGAAAGUGAAAGUAGGAGGGGCCAGCAUGAGGGCCGGGCAACUGCUGCCUAAUGCAGGAGGAUAUCAGGCUCUUCUAGACAGCAAGGUUCUGGCUGUGAUGUUCAAAGUAUUGGAGCUCAUGAAGCCACUAACUGAGGAGUGGGGGUCCGACCAAACUUUGCAGCACCAUCAGUGCAGUGAGAGAGGGAGUGGUCAACAAGAUCAUCUUCUUGCUGCAGCCAAGGAGCUCCAGCAGGCCAGGGGAAGGAGCCUGUACUGCCAGCUGCAGCUGCAGACCAGGUUUGAGAUCCUGCUGGACUGGUCAGCGGAACUUCAGCAGGAUGGAGGGAUUCUGGGAGAGGUGCCUCUCUCAGGUUCAGACAUGUGUGUGCCAGCUCUGCUGGGGAUGGAGUACCCUGACCCCAUGGGAUCUGGUCUUAGUGUACCUGUACUCGGGCGUGAGACUGACCUUGUCUCUGGGAUUAUAAUACCAUUGGCAGGGACCAUGGAGGAUCCCGAAGGAAAAGGCCUAGUGGCCAUCCGUUAUGGAUCUCAGACUGUUGACCCAGUGACAGGGGUGUUGGCCCCGGUGGUUGGAGCCAGGCUGGAUGUGUCCAGAAAAAACGUUGUACCUAUCACAGCUUCCUAUUGGCUAACUGUGGCGGAUCAAACUGAUAGUGUGCAGGUAGAGGCACUGCAGAGAGAGGUGUGUGUGCGAAACACUCACUGGCAGCAGCAGAAGCAGCGGGAGGAAGAUAUUCUCUCCGAUCUGGACUCAGCUCUGUACCAGUGUCUCUUUAGAGUCACAGAAGUGAACUCUUAUCGGGUCCAGUGGUCCGGGAAGCAGCUGAGGGAAGCAGCCAUAGAGCUGCAGGAUUCAGCGCAGACCGAGGCCCAGAGGAGAGCAUCUCAGCGCUACCACUUGGCUCUGGUCUUGCCUCCACAUGUAUUACACAUCCUCACACUGGGUGACGAGGAGGAGUGGGAUCAGCAGUGUGUCUGGCACUCAGAGCUCGUGUCAGGACUUGAUAAGGUGGAAGUGUGUAUAGAGCAGCUGCAGCAAGACCAAGAAAAAUGGACAACACAUGGGGGAGACUGGACUACAACCCUCCAUGCUAUGGACAGGGAGCUGAGACAUAGAGAGUUGUGGGAGCAGUGUUGUUGCAGGCAGACAGAGUUGGAGGCUGCCCUUAAUGUGCUUCACUUUGUCAGACACCUCUCUCAGCUCCGCGCCAUCACGGCUCAGGCAGUACUGAGUGGGAACUUUUGGUACAAGGAAUAUGGUCUGGUCCAGUGUAGUGGGCAUAGACCGACUGUGAAGGUCAUGGAUUUGCUACAACAGAAGGCUUUGCCUCUGCUGGAGAGACUGAACCAGCUCCUGGACAAACUGCCUACCAGCUUCUCUCCCAACACCUGCAAUCAGCACAUAUCUGGUUUGUCAACAAAGCAGGCAUAUGGGAUGGAAAUAGCCUCCAGAGUCUGGACAGCAUCUGUGCCUGUGGUGAAAGGAAUCUCCACCCAGUCUUUGAGGGAGCCUGUCAAUUUAGCUCAAUCCCAGGACACGGGUCUGCAGGCCAGCUCAGCACCGACACACAACUCACAAAGACACACCGCAUCCUCCGCCAUUCACUCCCAGGAGAACCAGCCGAUGAAAGAGUUUGCUCAGCUGACGCAUAUCUCUGUCCCAACGGUUCCAGAAGAGGAGUGGAACAACCUGCUGGAGCUCUCUCCUCUGUUCCAGCUGUUGAAGGGGGUGGAGCGGCAACUGAAGGGCUGGGCCUGUGGGGCAGGGAUUCUUAGAGGAGAGUUUGCUGACAGAGGCAAAGGUUUCGUAGAUGUCCUUGAUGCUCAGUGGGAAUGUGAAGGAGAGCUGAUCCCUCUGGAUCUGUCAGUUCUUAACCCCAGAGAGUUCCUGGUCUACCAGCAUGGACUAUUCCUAAUGCAUACAUUACAUAAUCUAAAACUGACUCCAGACAUUUCACUUCAGAUAGCAGCUAGUCUCCCAAACAACAACUACUCUAACAAUGCCUUCAGAAAUUCCUUCUUUUAUCAGGAGGCAGAGGAGACGCUCUUUGUCCGUCGCCAGAGGCUCCAGUCAGUUGGAGGAUUCUCUCUGCUGCUGCUCCACUGUCUGUCCCAUAUCACAGUCAAAGACAUAAUCUCUGACUCCAGUCCUGCCUUCCAGAGGCUUUUCUUCAAGAUACUGCAGGCAUGUCUAGGGGAGCUGUUUCAGGCCAGACUGGACGUGCCCCCCUCUGCACAGGAAGCCAAUUUGUGUGUAUGGUUUCAAGACAGUGAGGCCCCUUCAGGGGACUUGAGGGGGACACUGUCAGACUCUUAUGCUGCCUCUCUGCUUCACAGGCUUCACAAACCAAGCAGAGCAUUGCUGUCUGAAGAUGAAGUUGACGAACUUCAAAGGAAACACAGAGAAACCUCUCUGUUCUCACAUCUUGAAGGAAUUUUGAGAAAGGAGAGCUCUGAAGCCACAGAGAAAGGCAAAGACCAGAUUGGGUAAACAUAUGUGGAGUCAUUUUCCCCUCGAUUUUGGUGCAUACCAAUUUUUUUUUGGUCAUCUUUUCCUUAUCACUGAACAUUAUUCAUGAAAUGAUUAAACUCUUAAAAUCACUGAUCACAA